AUGCCGACUCUCGCGGUCACCAACUUCAACGUUGUUUGCGCAACGCUGGGAGGGUUUAUUUCGCUCUUCGGCUUGGUCUCGUACCUCUUCAAAGAGCGCUUUCAUCUGUCUGAAGCUCUAAUUUCCCUUUUGGCUGGCGUCACUUUCUCUCCUCAUGGUGCCAAUUUUAUCAGGCCGCAAGAAUAUGCCCUGGGAUCCGAAGAGGCAUUGGAGGCGAUAACUCUCUACUUUUCUCGUCUGGUACUUGGGGUACAACUUGUACUGGCUGGAGUCCAGCUUCCAAGCCGCUACCUACUAAAGGAAUGGCGGAGCCUCUCCCUCCUGGUUGGACCUGGCAUGACGGGAAUGUGGCUUUGCACCAGCCUGAUUGUAUGGGGAUUAGUGCCAAACACACCAUUCCUCCAUGCCCUCGCUGUUGCCGCGUGUGUUACUCCAACAGAUCCUGUCUUGUCCAACUCCAUCGUGAAGGGUAAAUUCGCCGAUAAAAACAUUCCACGAGCCCUGCAGCGGAUCAUCAUCGCUGAGUCUGGUGCCAAUGAUGGCCUCGGCUAUCCAUUCCUGUUCUUUGCGGUAUAUCUCAUCCAAUAUACAGGGUAUGGCGGCCUUGGUCAGUCCGGUGGCGCUCAGAGGGCCAUGGGCUUGUGGUUCGGUGAAAUUUGGUGUUAUACCAUUUUGCUGAGCGUGCUCUAUGGCAUUACCGUCGGCUGGUUAGCCAAGGAACUCUUGCACUGGGCCGAGGAGAGGAAAUACGUCGACCGAGAAAGCUUUCUUGUCUUUGCGAUUGCUUUGGCGUUGUUUAUCGUUGGUACUUGUGGAAUGAUUGGAAGUGACGAUGUCCUUGCGUGUUUUAUCGCUGGAAAUGUUUUCACCCUUGAUGACUGGUUCCGCCUUGAGACCCUGGAUGACUCUCUUCAACCCACAAUCGACAUGUUACUUAAUUUAGCCGUCUUCAUGUGGUUCGGUGCAGUUUGUCCCUGGUCCACAUUUCUAUCCAACGACAUCAUUCCGAUCUACCGACUCAUCUUUCUGGGAGUCCUUGUUCUCCUUUUCCGCCGGAUCCCUGUCGUCUUCGCUAUGCACAGCUUGGAAUAUUUGAAGCACCACGUCAAAGUAGAUGGCGAAAUCCGAGAGGAUGCGAAACGACUGGGGGAUACCAUGUUUGUAGUGGUUUGGUUCAUCACCAUUUGCAGCAUUGUUGUCCACGGCCUUUCCAUUCCGCUUGGGAAAUUGGGCUUCUAUCUUCCUCGCACUCUCUCAAACGCCAUGAGUACCAGUGCAGAUCUCGACCCAGACCCAUUUCCCAUUCCGUUCCGUGACACUAUUUCCGCAGCUGCAUCUCGCGUUCGCAAUAGAGUAUCUUCUAAACAGCGUAGCCGUGUGACCACUCGUGACCGUUCUGAGCCGCCAAGACCUAUCGCUUUUCGUAUCGGCCGCACCGCUAUUCCAAACAAUCAAUCUGGCACCGCAUCACCAGUGCCUAUAAAUUUCCCGAUUUCUCCCGUCGGAUCUCCUGCCCCUCCAACGGCUCCGCCGGCAUGCUCGCCGCCGCUGUUGGGCAUCUCUCUGGCUGCUCGGAAAUCGAGUGAAGAAGAUCCUAAAGAUGGCGUAACCAUUGAUGGAAAUUCAGCGCGGAAUACUAAUGAGAACGGGUAUGGUACUGUUGAUCGAUCAGCCGGUUCACCGCAGCUUGGCUUGGCCAGUCACAGCAGUGGGGAUGUCACAAAUGCUGUACAGCUUUAA